AUGGAUGAGUUCCUGGAACUCACCUCGCUGCUCCUGCACACUCCCGCCCAUGCUCAAGCCUCUCUGCUCGUGCACACCUACAAUCCCAAUGCGUUGGACGGGAGCUCCGCGCCGCCGCACCUCCUUGUUGUUGCAGGCGAUAGCCGGGUGGACCGCCCCGUCGUCUCUGGCAUCCUCCGGAGCUCCAACUUGCGGGUGACCGGCGUGGACAGCGGGAAGAGGGCGCUGGAGCUUCUUGCCUCCAACAGAAAUGUCAACAUGAUACUCACUGACUACUCGAUGCCGGACAUGACCGGCUACGAGCUCCUCAAGAAGGUCAAGGGGUCAUCCAAGCUGAGGGAGAUCCCCGUGGUGAUCAUGUCCUCGAAGAACGUGCCGGCAAGGAUCAACAGGUUGACGCAUUUCUGCUCCGUCGGGUGCCUCGAGGAAGGAGCGGGGGAUUUCCUGCUCAAGCCCGUCCAGCCGUCCGAUGUGUCGCGCCUCUGCAGCCGUGUCCUCCGCUGA